AUGAGGCUUGAUGACAUUUCUCCCAAGUCUUCUGCAGCUAUGUUAGUUGUUGACGAAGACAAACAAAUAUUAGACGAAUGGUGUGAUACAAAUCAAAGAGAAGAAGAGCAGCAGCUUACAAAUGUUUGUCUAGAUCAAAUUUUUUAUGAUGUUGACAGUAAUUCUACAGAAUUACAUAGUUUAACAGAUGUAUUAGUUUAUUUAACAAACAACUCUAAAUUCACUUCAAAAAUUCAGUGUUUUCGUUUAUUAUUUGAUCGACGAUAUGCAGUACCAAUAAUUACACCAAAUGUUAAUCGAAAACAUAAGCAACCAUUCCAGUAUCAUGUUGAUGUUUUAAAAUUCAUUCAAUUGGCUUCUCUUGAUAAUAAAAUACCGUAUUUAGUCAACAGUCAACAAUUGCAUCGUAUUGCUAUUGUAUCAAAACGAUCAAUCGAACAGAGUGAAACAUCUCAUUUAAUCGCAAACGCAUUUGGAUACAUAGAUGAAGAAAAUGAUAAAAAAUGGCCAUUUCUUCUUUUACAUGUAGUAGGUAAUUAUAAAAAAUUAUCAUCAUUUAUAUCUAAAUUUGCAAAUCUAGUAAUUAUUGAACAAGAUUCAUCUGUAAAACAAAAUUCAGAAAUCUUCGCGAGAAAUGGUUCAAACUUACCUGUUAUCAUUUGGAAUGUUUCCGAAAAUAACACAAGGCCAAGAACAGAACCAGGACAUUACGUUUUAACUGGUACGAUCAAUGGUAUACUUAAAAAUUUACAAAUGGCAUGCAUCAAAAGACUAGAAAAAUUUACUAGUAGUAAUAAUAGUUUAGAUCAAAUAAAUGAUAAAGAAUUAUUUUAUCGUCCUAUACCAUGUCAGAUUAACAUACUAGAUGCUAUUAAAAGUCAAGAUUAUUCAACUCUAAGACGGGUAAAAUUAUUAUUACAGAAGAGUUUUAAUAUUGGAUCAGAAUAUCACAAAAAAUUAAAUCGUUUAAAAAACGAGCCUUCAGAACAACGUGCAUUACACCAUAAAAUUCAUGAACAAGAACAAUAUCGUCUAUCUAAAGUAUCCAAUAUAGAAAAAUUAAAUAUCAUAGAAAUUUUUACAAACGUUUUAAAACAUCCAAAUUUCGAUCAACGAAUAAUAUCAUUAAAUGAAUUGAUUGGUGCUUUUGAUGCCUGUCAACAAGCAGUUAGACAAAAAAUGGAUGGUGAUUUAUACAAAACAAAAUUCGUUGAAGCUAAAGCUAUUUAUGCAGCUACUCUUGUUUCUAUCGAACAUUUAUGGAAGGAAUGCAGUCAAUUAUAUACUUGUGAUCCAGUACGUUAUUUUUAUUAUCCAGAUGUGGCUGCACAAUAUUUGAUUGAUGGAUUUUCGUUAGAAUUGUUAGAUGGGGACACUGGUAUGAUUUGUGACAAAUGGAUUAAUGCAGUGUUAAAGAAAUUAAACAGUAAAUUGCAAGAAAUAAGAAAAAAGAAAGACAUAAAAAUUUUCGUUUUAAGCAUAUUAGGCGUACAAAGUUCCGGUAAAUCGACACUGUUGAAUAUUAUGUUCAGUGUCCGUUUACGUUCAAGCGCUGCUCAAUGUACUCGUGGUGUUAACAUACAACUGAUUAGAGUAGAAAAUCGUGAUGAAUACGAUUAUAUAUUGUUAAUGGAUACUGAAGGUAAAGUUGAACGAGCAUAA